AACUCAUUUACUCACAAAAACCUCUCUCCUUUUCCACAGAACUUCCUCACUGUGGGUGAGUCCAAGUCGGCCCGCUGCGAUGAUCUGGAGUCCCUGAAGAAGAGAAAUUGUGCCGUGACCAAAAUUGAGAACCCACGUGGCGGCAUCAACAUCGACAAAGACAAACCGGUCACCAACCGUAAGAAGGACGUGGCAGAGAAACUGAAGCCGGAGCAGAUCACCCAGAUCCAGCCGCAGAAACUCACCCUCACUCUCCGAUCUGGUGAGCCCCAGACCUUCGAUCUGAAAUUCAAGCGUGCGGAGGAUUACCCCAUCGACCUGUAUUACCUUAUGGACCUCUCCUUCUCCAUGAAGGACGAUUUGGAAAACGUGAAGAACCUCGGCACCGACCUCAUGAGGGAAAUGCAGGGGAUCACCUCAGAUUUCAGGAUUGGUUUCGGUUCGUUUGUGGAGAAGACGGUGAUGCCUUACAUCAGCACCACGCCUGCCCGGCUCAUCAACCCCUGCACGGGGAACCAGAACUGCACCAGCCCCUUCAGCUACAAGAACGUCCUGAAGCUGACGGACAAAGGAGACGAGUUCAACAACCUGGUCAGUCAGCAGCAGAUCUCAGGAAACCUGGACUCUCCGGAGGGCGGCUUCGACGCCAUCAUGCAGGUGGCAGUCUGUGAGGUGAGGAGGGAGAUAUUUAGACCUACUGCUCUGUAUCUAGACAAAAGUGUCCUGCUAAAG